CACGAAAGUAGUUCUUGCUCCCCUACGUGCUUUGCGCCGGAACCAGAGGGCCCAGUUUGGCAAGGCCUCGGACUACUUGAUUGGCUGGGGGAGCGUCAAAAGAAACCAGGGGCGGGCUUUUCACGCUGUCCGUCUGCUGGAGGUGCGCAGGGCUGGCGGAAGGAGCUGCUUUCACAGGUGGCGGCCAGAUGGAGGGAGACACUGAACCUGGGAACCUGGCUGGUGUGCGACACAUCAUCCUUGUCCUUUCUGGAAAGGGAGGUGUGGGGAAGAGCACUAUCUCUACCGAGCUGGCCCUGGCGCUGCACCAUGAGGGCAAAAAGGUGGGGAUCCUCGACGUAGACCUGUGUGGCCCCAGCAUCCCGCGCAUGCUUCAAGCACAGGGCAAGGCUGUACACCAGUGUGACCGUGGCUGGGUGCCUGUCUUUGUGGAUCGGGAGCAGAGCAUCUCCCUAAUGUCUGUGGGCUUCCUGCUGGAGAAUCCAGAUGAGGCAGUGGUGUGGAGAGGUCCCAAGAAGAAUGCACUGAUAAAGCAGUUUGUGUCCGACGUGGCCUGGGGGGAGCUGGACUGCCUGGUGGUGGACACACCCCCAGGGACUUCUGAUGAACAUAUGGCCGUAGUGGAAGCACUUCGACCCUAUAGGCCCUUAAGGGCCCUUGUGAUCACCACACCACAGGCAGUGUCUGUGGGGGAUGUGAGGCGAGAGCUGACCUUCUGUAAGAAGAUUGGUCUACAAGUGAUGGGGGUCGUGGAGAACAUGAGUGGCUUCGUUUGUCCACACUGUGCGGAGUGUACCAGUAUCUUCUCCAGGGGUGGUGGGGAAGAGCUGGCCCGGCUCGCCGGAGUUCCCUUCUUAGGCUCUGUUCCCCUGGACCCCGAGCUCACCAGGAGCUUAGAGGAGGGCCACGACCUCACCCAGGAGUUGCCUAAGAGCCCUGCAUUUCCUGCACUCACCUCCAUAGCUCGGAAAAUUCUGGAUAGUUUGCCCACUAUGCUGUCCUGACAGCCUCUCCACAAGGGGCUCCACAGACAGCCUCCAAGACUUUCCACAGCAGAGAUCCUAGGUGCAUUCUGGGAUCUACAGCACUGGCCAAGCAGUAUCGCUGUGAGUGUCACCUCGCAGGCCCUGUCCUUGGAGAGGUUUUGUCACAAGUGGUGCACACUGACAGUAGUUCUCUCUGGCCAGCCUGUGGCUGAAGGACAGCUCAGGCCUGGUACCUUUUUUUGUUAUGUGUUUUGUUUGUUUUUUGGUACCAGGGAUCGAACUGAUGACCUCAUGCCUGCCAGGCAGGGGCUUACUCCAUUGAGCUAAAUCCCCAGCCACUUGAUGUUUUUUAAGACAGUGCCUCACUAGUAAUUUAGGUUGAUCUUAAGCUCACAGAGUAGCCCAGGCUGGCCUAAAGCUCCUAGCAAUCCUUUUCCCUCAGCCUCACAAGUGUUGGAGUUGUAGGUGUGCACCAUCGCCCCUUAGCCUGAUACCUUAAGAUAGUAAUGGUCUUAGCCAACAACUCAGACUUUCAGUCUAGUGGCCCAGAUGGGCUAACCAUUCCUGACAGCUGGCCAUCCACACCAUCUCCAAGCUGGCCCAGGCCUCCUGCUGUCAUCUGGUGGCCUGAGCCCUGUGAAUUGGGUUGUCAGGGCAGCAUUCCUUGAUGUGGUGAACUGGCCUCAGGCACUAGAUGAAGCUGCCAUUAAAUGUAUCCCACCACCUUGA